AUGUCUCUCUUCGUUCUUGCAGAGACGCCUGCAGGCUAUGGCCUGUUGAAGGCGAGCGAUAAGAAGAUGCUCAAGAAUGCCGAUCUUGCGGCUGAGCUGGGAAAGCCAGAGCGCUUGAUUGAGAUGCUGAAGCUCAAGAAGUUCGUCAAGUUCGACAGUGCCGCCAUGGCUCUUGAAGAAGCCGCCGCCGUUAGCCAGGGUCAAAUCCCUCCUCUGUUGACCUCACUGUUGGAAGAUUUGCAGGCUGAGAAGAAGGCUUCAUUGGCUGUUGCCGAUCUGAAGCUGGGCACAGCCAUUUCCAACCUGCCCGGCCUCAAUGUCACUCCUGUGGCUGGCUCCGACACAAUGGACCUUUUCCGUGCCGUUCGCGAACACGUUUCGUCCCUUAUUCCUGGUCUCGACCAAGACGUCCUUGACCGCAUGACCCUUGGUCUUUCGCACUCAAUGUCCCGACACAAGCUCAAGUUUUCGGCCGACAAGGUUGAUUCGAUGAUUAUUCAGGCCAUCAAGAUGCUUGACGAUAUUGACAAGGAGCUCAACGUUUACGCUAUGCGAACAAAGGAGUGGUACGGAUGGCACUUCCCCGAGAUGGCCAAGACCCUCAAUGACAACUUGGCCUAUGCUCGUGUUGUUCGAUCCGUCGGCAUGCGAGAUAACUUCAAGGAUGCCGACCUUUCUGACAUCCUUCCUGAGGACGUUGAAGUCUCUUUGAAGGCGUCUGCUGAACUUUCUAUGGGUGUCGAGAUCACUGAGGAUGAUUUGAAGAACGCCGUUGAGCUCGCGGACCAGGUUAUUAAGUUUACCGAGUACCGAGCUCAGCUCACUUCUUACCUGGAAAGCCGAAUGCGCGCCAUUGCCCCCAACCUGACUGCCCUUGUUGGCUACCUCGUUGGUGCCAGACUCAUCUCUCACGCCGGUUCCGUCCUCAGCCUGGCCAAGGCCCCCGGUUCCACCAUCCAGAUUCUCGGUGCCGAGAAGGCUCUCUUCCGCGCUCUCAAGACAAAGAAGGAUACACCCAAGUACGGUAUCAUGUACCACUCUUCUCUCGUCGGCCAGGCUACUGGCAAGAACAAGGGUAAGAUUGCCCGUAUGCUGUCUGCCAAGGUUGCCCUCGGUCUCCGUGUGGACGCCCUCGGCGAUGACGACGAGGAGGACGAUGAGCAGCGUGCUGCCCUUGGUCUCACCAACCGAAUCAAGCUUGAGAACUACCUCCGCAGACUCGAAGGCAAGGCUGCCCUGCCCAAGGGCACCAAUGUCACUCCUUCUGGAGAAAUUGUUUCUGCUGGACAGUUCAGCCUGAAGGAGACUGGCCGAUAUGCCGUUGACGCCGACGGUGUGGUCGACCAUGACAUGGCCGACGCAGACGCCGAGCCCGCCACAAAGAGCAAGAAGUCCAAGAAGCCCAGAAUCGAGGUCGUCGAGGAGAAGGACGUCGAUAUGGAAGACGCCCCUGAAGACUCUGAUGACGACUCCGAUGAGGCCUCCGUCAAGAAGCUCUCAGAAAAGGAGUACGAGCGCCUGGCCGAUCUUUCUGGCAUUUCCGUCAAGAAGUUCAAGCGAAAGUACGAGCGCGGUGAUAUCCAGCUCGGCGAAGAUGGCAACCCCAAGGUCCUCAGCAAGAAGGAGCUGAAGAAGCUGCGCAAGACUGAGAACAACGAUGAGCCCGCUGAGCCUUCACCAGAGAAGAAGAAGAAGCGAAAGGCUGAAGACGGUGAGGCCGAGUCCAAAAAGGACAAGAAGUCCAAGAAGAAGCGUGAAUCUCUCAGUGCUUAG